UAGCCAGCUGGGCAGCGGGCAGCCUGGAUGCUGGUCUAGCCCACUGCCCCUGCCCCUCGCUCUUCCCGAGCGAGCGGCUGGGCAGGAUAAGGUUACACCCAGGCCUCCUGUGUCCCAGGGAAGAAGGCGGGCCGAACUCCGGCCCGCUGGGGAGUUGCCACAGUUGGCAGCCAGGGGCCCUUGGGGACGCUUCUUUUCUGGCGGCCGGGAGCUGAGGGUGGGACUCAGACCGCAGCCGGAGGCCGGGGGUCUCCGCCAUGGGCACCGCCAGGUCUCCCGGGCGCGGCUGCGGAGCCCUGACCCGGUGGCUGCUGGGCGCCGUGCUGCUGCUGGGCCUGCGGCUGUGCAUGGAGUUGCGCCAGGCGGGCUCGGGACCCCCGGGCCGCCGCGACCCCCCCGGGGCCACCCGGGCCCCCCACGUGCUGCUGGCGCCCGGCCCUCCGCGCGGAGCCAGGAGGAGGCAGGUGACCUACGUGCGCAGCGGGCGCCGAGCGCCGCCCCGGGGUGGUGGCGGCACGACGCCGGAGCCGAGCUGCUGUGCCCAGCGAGGGCUUCCCCGCAGGAAGGGUCCCCGGUGGCGCAUAGAGCUCCAGCCAUGGGCAGGUCCUGCUCAGUCCCUGGAUGAAGAAGCCUCAAGGUUCCUGAGCUACAUCAGUACCACUCAGAUUGCAUGCGAUCACAUGGGUACAGACAGCUUGGCUGCUGACUCCAGCCCUGCAACGAAGCCCUGGCUGGUGUAUCUUGAUGACAGGUUUGGCUUAGCUCAUCAAAUCCGCAACAAGCGGUGCCGCCUCUACUCUUUAGGGCUAGGAAGCGAUGACACACACUUUGAGGUGAGCAUGGCCAAUGAUGGAUGUGAAGUGCAUCGCUUUGAUCCUAGUGUCAAAUCAGCCCAUGUUCUGGAGAGCCAGCGCCUCUGGCAUCACCGCCUGUCCAUUGAUUGGCGGGAUCGGCAUCCGGCUGUGGCUGCUCAGAAGCCCCACAGCAACACCAGAAAACUGGGAAGCGUUUUGAAUGAAUUUGGGCAUUACAAGAUUGAUGUACUCAAGGCAGAUCUGGAAAGUGCAGAAUGGAAAGUUUUAGAAAACCUGAUUCUGGAGGAUGUCCUCGGACAGAUUGGCCAGCUCCUCUUUGAGAUUCACCUCCACUGGCCUGGCUUUGAGGUCAGUGGCAGCGAGAGCAGUGUGGUGCGGUUUUGGUACAGCCUCCUGAAGGAGUUGGAGCAGAAGGACUUCAGACUUUUCCACACCUAUAAAGACUUAUCUAAGCCUCAGCUCUUCCUGAAGAAAGACAUUUUCAAUGCCAGCAGCUGUUAUACCCUGAGUUGGGUGAAUACGAGAUGGAAAUAGGAUGGAGCCCCGCGCACAACAGGAAGAACUAUUUGCAGACAGAUGCACCCGUGCUUCCGGUCGCGGAGUCACGCCUCCAGCCUCCACCGGCCUGUUUCCUGCGUGAUGCCGCAGCGAUCGUGUUAUUGUCAUUAUAAGAGUACACGAAGCCUUGAGCUUGACAAUCGACAGCGGCUUGGAGGGACACCUCUCCUGGCCCAGACUGAGACCUCUGCGCUUUUGCCUUUGACAGAGUGGGGCAUGCCCCCUCCACUCUCACUUGGAGGGUAGGAAUACCCUGCUCCUGCCAGUUUCUGGUUGCCUCAGAAUCCAUUCUGUAUCUAUAGCUCACGAAUUUACAUUAAAAAUGACAUUUUAUUAAUUUAUACUUUCACUAGGUUGGUCAGAUUUUUUUAAAUGCACUGUUCUUUUUUUUUUUAAGUUGGGUCACUGCCGGGCAGUGGUGGAACUUUAAUCCCAGCACUGGGGAGGCAGAGGCAGGCCAGCCUAGCCUACAGAGCGAGUUCCGGGACAGCCAGAGCUGCACAGAGAAACCUGUAGUGAUCUGUAUGGUAAAACCCUGUCUCAAAAAACCAAACAAGCCGAAAACAAAGCAAACAACUACAAAAAUAAAUAGAUAGAUAGAUAGAUAGAUAGAUAGAUAGAUAGAUAGAUAGAUAGGGCCAGUUGCUUGACUUUAAAGCUUCCCUUAAAGUUUCUCUCAUCCAGCCAGUCAAAGCCGUGCUCGGCAGUCUGUGGACUCCAGACGUUGCUUCCCAGCCUUUGCCGAGACGGGGCUUGAGUUCUAAGAACUGCGGCUUCUAGUCCCUGGGAACUUAAAUCCGUCAAGUUCUGUCAGAACUUCAAGAACUCCGGCUCAAAAUUCUUUUCACACAAAGCCAUCAACAGGCUUCAUCUCCUGUGAAGCUAAAGCACAAAGCGGCAUCUGUGUGGUUCUGCUACUGCCGCGUCAGCCUUCAAAACAUGGCUUCGGCUCCACAGACCUUCCGCUGCUGUCAGGCUGAGGAGACGGCCCAGUCAGUAAACCGCCUGCCACACAAGCAUGAGGGCUUGAGUUUACAAUCCCUGCUCCUACGAGCCAGGCACGACCCUGUAAGCACUGGGCAGGCAUGAGGGUGGGCAGGAGACAGGCUGGGGCCCACUGGCCAGGCUGGCCUAGUUGGAUCAGUGAGCUUCCGGUUCAGUGAGAGGCCCUGUCUCAAAGGUAAGUUGUAAGCUGGGCUUACAACUUAUUAAAGGCUCACACCUUUAAUUGUGGCACUUGGGAGAAAGCGGCAGGUGGAGGUCUGUGAGUCUGAGACAGGCCUGGACUACUACAUAGUUCCAGGACAGCCAGAGAUAGUGUGACCCUAUCUAGGGGGAACAGGCCAGGGAAGGGGGUAGGUAGAGAGAGGGAGUAAGUUGGACACAGAUAGGGGAAGACAACAAUGUCACUGUCUUCUCUCUCUCUGUGUGUCUCUGUCCCCCUCCCUCCUGCUCUCUCUCUCUCUUCCUAGCCCAGGGUGGUCCUAAACUCAUCACUUAAUGUCUCAGGCUGGUUUUGACCUCUGAUCAUUUUGCCUCAGCCCCGGGUUUGACUUCUUUUUCACAAAAGUUUUUUCUUUGUUUAAUUAAGCAGAACAGGUAUGUUCUCUGUGGUUCAAAUGAUACCCAUAAUUCUUAUAUAUAGGAAGAUUGUCCUGUGAACGAUUUCCAAAAGUUUUAUGCUAAUUAAACAAUCUCAAAAUAAACCAAGCUAAGAGUUUGGAGGCAUGUUUUUUUUUUGUUUUUUUUGUUUU